AUGCCCAUUCCCUGCAAUUCCCCUCCUGUUGAUCAGAACGCAGCAGUGGCUGGCUGGCUGCUGGCAAACAGGGCUGUCUGCCGUGGCUCUCAGGAUGAAAGGUGUCUUGAUGAUUGCCUGCAGCAAUAUAUAAAGAACUUUGAGAGAGAGAAGAUUAGUGGCGACCAGCUACUACGCAUUACUCAUCAAGAACUGGAAGAUCUUGGAGUCACACGAAUUGGCCAUCAGGAGCUUAUCUUGGAAGCAGUAGACUUGCUCUGUGCACUGAACUAUGGUUUGGAAACAGAAAAUCUGAAAACCCUUUCUCACAAACUGAAUGCAUCUGCCAAAAAUCUGCAGAACUUCAUCACUGGGAGGAGGAGGAGUGGUCACUAUGAUGGAAGGACCAGCCGCAAAUUACCAAAUGAUUUUCUGACGUCAGUGGUGGAUCUGAUUGGAGCGGCUAAAAGUCUGCUGGCUUGGCUGGACAGAUCACCUUUUGCUGCUGUCACAGAUUACUCAGUAACAAGAAAUAAUGUCAUACAGCUCUGUCUGGAACUAACAACAAUAGUACAACAGGAUUGCACGGUAUAUGAAACAGAGAAUAAAAUUCUUCAUGUGUGUAAAACUCUCUCUGGCGUCUGUGAUCACAUUAUCUCGCUCUCUUCUGAUCCGCUGGUUUCCCAGUCUGCUCACCUUGAAGUGAUCCAGCUUACAAACAUCAAGCCAAGUGAAGGGCUGGGUAUGUACAUUAAAUCAACAUAUGAUGGUCUCCAUGUAAUUACUGGAACAACAGAAAAUUCACCUGCAGAUCGGUGCAAGAAAAUCCAUGCUGGGGAUGAAGUGAUUCAAGUUAACCACCAAACUGUG